UCUGUUAGUUAGGAGGACUAUGACAACUUUUGUUAGUUAAUGAGAAACAGAAUAGAAAUGUUAGUAAGAACUGAAAAUAAUGGGUUAUUGUAAAUUCCCAAAGUGUACUUGGUUAAAUGUUUUUUAUUGAACCAUUUCCCCUGUAUCUUUCACGCAAUAAUGUGAUUUAUGAUGACAAUCCGAUGUGUAUUUUAUUUUGCAACUGGACCGCUGGUGCUCUUUUUUCAUGUUAAAAAAUUUGUAUUUUACUUUUUUUCAUGCUUUAUUCUUUCAAAUAUGUGCGCUCUUUAAUUUAUGUUCAUUUCUAUUUUUGUAAAUUGUGCAGGGCAUACAUCCUUCAAUUAAAGGGUAGUGUGGGAGUUCUUGUUAGGCUGUUAUGAUCCUAACAGCACGUUUGAAGAACGGAAUCAACUUAAGGAGCAAAGGAGUUUGUCUAAAAUUAUUAUCCAGGCAACAGUUUAAUACAUGGAAAGAUGAAUGUCAAAGGAUGGUUCCAGUUAUUGGUACUGGAAAAUUCAUCACAAGACCUCUCAUCGGUGACGAUGGCCAGCCAACAGAUGAUUCUUUGAUAGGCAUACCGCUUUCAGAUAAGAAGGUUCUGCAGUGGGUGCAGACAUUACAUCAGAUUGGUCUGGAUGUCGUAAGAACAGAUCGAGCUCUUGUGUUCUAUGAGAGUGAAACUAACCAGGCAAAACUAUGGGAUGUUCUGUCAAUUUAUACCUGGUUGGAUGAUGAUAUUGGCUAUGUGCAAGGAAUGAAUGACAUAUGCUCACCUAUGGUGAUACUUCUUGAGGAUGAGGCAGAUUCCUUUUGGUGCUUUGAGCGUGCUAUGCGAAGGCUGAGAGAGAAUUUCAGGACUAGUGCAAGUUCGAUGGGGGUGCAAUCUCAGUUGAGUACGCUCUCCCAGAUUAUUAAAAUUGUUGAUCCCAAGCUUCACCAACAUCUUGAUGAUUUAGAUGCUGGGGAGUAUCUCUUUGCAUUUCGCAUGCUGAUGGUUCUUUUCCGCAGAGAAUUUUCAUUUGCAGAUGCUCUUUAUCUUUGGGAGUUGAUGUGGGCCAUGGAAUACAACCCAAACAUAUUUUCAUUAUAUGAAAAGCCAGAAAUUGCCCAAACAAGUGAAAACGCACCUGUAGUAAGUGGCAAGUUGUUGAAGCAAUAUGGCAAAUUUCAGAGGAAGAACUUGAGGACGGGCAAUACUGAGCAGCAAAGUGCACUAGCUGUUUUUCUUGUUGCUAGUGUUCUUGAAGUGAAGAAUAGGCAGAUUUUAAAGGAGGCUAAGGGUGUAGAUGAUGUUGUUAAGAUCUUGGGUGACAUAACAUCAAAUCUUGACGCUAAAAAAGCAUGUACUGAGGCUUUGAAAAUUCAGAAAAAGUACCUGAGCAAGACCAAGAAGGCAUGAGAGGAGAUUUCUGGUGGCAGCAGUGGAUACUGAAUCUCUCUCUCUCUCUCUCUCUCUCUAAUUUUAUAUUUUCUUUGGUGUGUGAAAUUCUUCAGGUUUUGGUUGUUAGGCUAAUGUUUUUCUCUUGUAAAGCUAGCAGCCCCUUACCCCUAUUCUUUUGUUAUUUGACGCCUUUUUUGGGGGACGCCAAUCAUGACUUGAGUGCCAGAUGAACUUGCAGUAGGGAAUUGGAACUUUUGUAUUGUACAAUAGGGCAUUAUUUUGUUGUCACCAUAAAAAGAUUAUUUGCUUCCCCAUUCUUUAGACAGCUAGUGUAGUGUAAAUGUCAAGAAAUGAGUUGCAUUAUUAAUGGCUCGUGAAUACUGGGGAUUGCUGGAAUUUCUUUAUUAUUUAUAAUUAUAAAUAUAUAGAUAUUUUUA